UGGGAGGAGGAGGAGGAGGGAGCCGUGCAGUCUUCAUUCUGCUGUGGAUGUAUAGUGGGGACAGUGUGAUCAGCAGAGGGACGGCCGCGCAUUGUCAUCCCCCGGCUUCUCCCUGCACUGGCCGUCGGGCUGAGGACGAGGAUGAUGAUGCAGCAGAAGCGGCCCGCAGAGGGUGAGGUCAGGCCGCUCUCCCGGCCGGGGAUGCAGUGAGCGGGCACCAUGGACCGCCUGUGAUCAGAGCGCAUUGUUCUGGGAUUGUGAUCGCUGACAGCUCAGCUCCCCCCGCACUGGGAACAUGUCGGCCAGGACGCCAUUGCCGACAGUCAACGAGCGGGACACGGAGAACCACACGUCCCUGGACGGGUACCCGGAGCCUCUCGUUCCUCCAACAAAGUCAAGCAGCAGACAGAGCCUCCCACGAUGCCGGAACUCCAUCGCCUCCACCACCGACGAGCAGCCGCACGUCGGAAACUACCGCCUGCUGAAAACCAUCGGCAAAGGCAAUUUUGCCAAGGUGAAAUUGGCCAGACAUGUUCUUACGGGGAGAGAGGUAGCGGUGAAAAUAAUUGACAAGACACAAUUGAAUCCUACAAGUCUACAAAAGUUGUUUCGAGAGGUUCGAAUAAUGAAGAUUUUAAAUCAUCCGAAUAUAGUAAAACUUUUUGAAGUCAUUGAAACUGAGAAGACCUUAUAUUUAAUUAUGGAAUAUGCUAGUGGGGGAGAAGUGUUUGAUUACUUAGUGGCCCAUGGGAGGAUGAAGGAGAAGGAGGCCCGGGCGAAAUUUAGGCAGAUUGUGUCUGCGGUGCAGUAUUGUCAUCAGAAGUGUAUCGUACAUCGAGAUUUAAAGGCAGAAAACCUUCUCCUUGAUGCCGACAUGAAUAUCAAAAUAGCAGAUUUUGGAUUCAGUAACGAGUUCACCAUGGGUAACAAGCUGGAUACGUUUUGCGGCAGUCCGCCAUACGCUGCCCCGGAACUCUUUCAGGGAAAGAAGUACGAUGGUCCGGAGGUGGAUGUGUGGAGCCUCGGGGUCAUUUUAUACACUUUAGUCAGCGGCUCCUUACCUUUCGAUGGACAGAAUUUAAAGGAAUUACGGGAGCGAGUAUUACGGGGGAAGUAUCGAAUUCCUUUCUAUAUGUCUACAGACUGUGAAAACCUGCUGAAGAAACUGCUUGUACUGAACCCCGUCAAGCGAGGAAGCUUAGAACAAAUCAUGAAGGAUCGGUGGAUGAAUGUUGGCUAUGAGGAGGAUGACCUGAAGCCAUAUACUGAGCCUGAGCCAGAUAACAAUGACACAAAGAGGAUAGAUGUUAUGGUCACAAUGGGAUUUUCAAAGGAGGAAAUUACCGAUUCUGUAUCUAGCCAGAAAUACGAUGAAGUCAUGGCCACUUACUUGCUUCUGGGUAGAAAGCCGCCAGAGUUUGAAGGCAGCGAGUCCCUGUCUAACAGUAACCUGUGUCAAAGAUCUCGGCCCAGCAGUGAUCUGAACAACAGUUCGGUGCCAUCUCCAGCCCACAUGAAGGUCCAGAGGAGUAUAUCAGCCAAUCAGAAACAGCGGCGGUUCAGUGACCACGCUGGACCGUCAAUCCCUCCCUCUGUCUCGUACACGAAACGUGGACAGGCAAACAGUGUUGAAAGUGAACAGAAGGAGGACUGGGAUAAAAAUGGCUCCCGCAAACUCAGCAAUGCCACCGUGGGCUCUAAAGGAGAGGUGACAGCGAGCCCCAUAGCAGGGCCAGAGAGGAAAAAAUCCACCACUGCUGCAAGUAAUAGCCUGUUUCCCGGUAGUGGGAUGACGAGAAGAAACACUUACGUAUGUGAACGCAACACUACUGAUAAACUCAAUGCUGUACAGAACGGGAAGGACAGCAGCUUAACGGAAAUGUCUGCGGGCAGCACGACUUCCACCAGCUCUGCAGUACCCUCCGCACGACCUCGCCAUCAGAAGUCAAUGUCGGCCUCAGGACAUCCGAUUAAAGUCACUUUGCCUACUAUCAAAGAUGGUACUGAAGGGUUCCGACCAAGCACCGCGAACCAGAGAGUUCCGGCCACCUCCCCCUCCGCUCACAGUAUUAGUACUGCUACCCCAGACCGGACACGCUUUCCUCGCGGUAGCAGCAGCCGGAGCACCUUCCAUGGGGAGCAGCUCAGGGAUCGUCGCACUGCUACUUAUAACGGACCGCCGGCGUCCCCAGCCCAUGAGACCACCCAAUUCUCUCAUACCAGGAGAGGCACCUCAACUGGUAUUAUCAGCAAGAUUACCUCCAAGUUUGUACGAAGGGAUCCAAGUGAAGGUGAAGCGAGUGGCAGGACAGACCCCUCAAGAAGCACUUCUGGGGAGCCAAAAGUGAAUGAAAGAGAAGACCCAAAGGAUUCAAAGCCCCGCUCUCUGCGCUUUACAUGGAGCAUGAAGACCACCAGCUCCAUGGACCCCAACGACAUGAUGAAAGAGAUCCGCAAAGUCCUGGACGCCAACAACUGCGACUACGAGCAGAAGGAGCGUUUCCUGCUUUUCUGCGUCCAUGGCGACGCCAGGCAGGAUAGCCUUGUCCAGUGGGAAAUGGAAGUGUGCAAACUGCCUCGCCUCUCCCUCAAUGGCGUACGCUUCAAGAGGAUAUCCGGGACCUCCAUCGCCUUCAAAAACAUUGCGUCCAAGAUCGCAAACGAGCUCAAACUGUGAAAACG